AUGUCAUCGACGCCGUCCCAGCUUCUAGGAGUUCUCCCAAACAACCUCAACGGUCUUUCUGCUGCUAGCUCCAGGGCUAGUAGUGAGGCAUCCUUGCAGCGUGUCAAGAACCUGCCUGGUUAUACUACCCCAGUCUUCAAAGGCAAGGAAGAACAACGUGCCAAGGUGCAAGCAGAUGUCGCUGCCAAGGGUUUCAUUCCUCGCGAGCUGGUUGCAAACGAAGUCAACUGGUUCUAUUCUCAGCUCGGUAUCGAUGACACCUACUUUCAAAAUGAAUCGCCUUCUGUAAUAUCUGAUCACAUCAUCGCGCUCUUUGGUGCCAAGGUACUUGCCUAUACUAAGCACGAUCUCAAUAAACUCGUCAUCGACCUCGAGAGGAUUGACGAGAAAGGAAAUGGGGCGACUUUCAUCCACACCAGUUUACCGGGUCUGACUUCCACCGAAGGGCCUGGUGCUACCUGUGAAUCCAGAAUCGACUCUUUAUACCUCGACAACUCAACUCCGUCGAAUUGUUACCGCCUUGAGACUUUCCGAUCCACUGGAUCCAUAUCGGCGACAGCAUCUCAACAACUGCGUUGUUACUUCAUCACAAAGUGCAACUUCCCUUCUCCACCACCCCCCUCAACUCGGACUGAUGGACUUACCGAUAUCCGUACGGUCUCCGAUACCGCUUUCCUUGAGAAGGCGAGCCCGCAUACUCUUGAAGUGUACCAGAAAAUCAUGUGGCAAGUCGAGAGCCGCUACGGUCCUGUCAUGGAAGUAUUUGAAGUCGAAGGCACUCGUGAGAGGCGUCUUGUCAUCGGAUACAAGAUGGGCGGGACUUCCCGUUUCUUUAGCGCUCUAUCGAACCUCUAUCACUUUUACCAGCUGUACUCGGCCCGCAAGUAUGUAGAACAGUUCUCCAAUGGAAUCACGAUAAUCUCUCUAUACCUGAAUCCGAUGCCUAACUCAACCGGCGCGCCGAUCGAGCACUCCAUAUUCCAGGUGAUGAAAGAAGCAUCUCUUCUGUACUGUCUUCCAGACAACCCCUUUUUCCUCGAUUCUGUCAACUCUGGACAUGCUGUGCAAGAGGCGACCUAUGCAUAUUGUGGUUGGGUUUUCGCUCAACACUUCUGCAAUCGCCUGGGUCCCGCGUACCUCCACCUCAAGAAUAUCUUGGACGAAUCGAACCCCUCACACGCCGAAGUUCUCAAUGAUAUCAAGAGACGCUUCAGGGAGGAAACUUUCACGCGGGAGAGUAUUGCUCAAGUUAUCCAUGCACAUUCGGAAAUCGUGCGUUGUUCGUUUCACUCGAGAUGUCACAUUAAUUCUUUCCAACAGAUUCGUCUCCUCUAUGUCAACUUCGCCAUGGCACAUUAUCCGGCUGCAGAUGAGGCAUCACAGCUCGGUCCUACUCUCUCAUACCAGCGUCUUCAAACCACGCAGCCUCUGUCUGACUCUGAGUUGUACGAUAAAAUCAGACGUACAGUCUUGAACAAGCAGGAUCUCCAAGUUAUCGAGAGUUUCCUCAUUUUCAACAAGCACAUUUUGAAGACGAACUUCUAUCAACCCACCAAGGUCGCACUGUCGUUCCGUCUCGCCCCUGAAUUUUUGCCUGAGAUUGAAUAUCCAAACAAACCUUUCGGAAUGUUCAUCAUCAUCGGAAAUGAAUUCCGCGGCUUCCACAUCCGCUUCAGAGAUGUUGCCCGCGGCGGUAUUCGAAUCGUCAGGUCGCGGAACAAAGAAAACUACUCUAUCAACCAGAGGAUGUUGUUCGAUGAGAACUACGGAUUAGCUGCCACUCAAUCUUUGAAAAAUAAAGAUAUUCCGGAAGGAGGAGCCAAGGGUACUAUUUUGCCUUCUCUUGGAGCGCCACCUAGACGCUGCUUCGAGAAAUAUGUCGAUGCUAUCAUCGACCUGCUUAUCCCUGGCCAAACUCCAGGGAUUAAGGAACCCCUGGUUGACUUGUAUGGAAAGCCAGAGUUACUGUUCUUCGGCCCUGAUGAGGGCACAGCAGACAUGAUGGAUUGGGCAGCAUUACACGCUCGCGAUCGUGGUGCCGAGACAUGGUGGAAGUCAUUUACCACCGGCAAGAGUGCCGAGCUUUUGGGUGGUAUCCCCCAUGAUACAUAUGGAAUGACGUCGCUGUCCAUUCGUCAAUAUGUACUUGGCAUUUACAAGCAACUUGGACUGAGGGAGAAAGACAUCACAAAAGUUCAAACCGGUGGUCCUGACGGGGAUCUUGGUUCAAAUGAGAUACUCUUGAGUUCCGACAAGACCAUUGCUAUCAUCGAUGGCAGUGGUGUCCUUGCCGACCCUGCAGGUAUCAAUAGGGAGGAGCUCAUCCGUCUCGCCAAAUGUCGCCUGACCGUCGCUCACUUUGACAAGACCAAGCUGAGCAAGGAUGGGUACCUUGUCAAGGUCGAGGAACAGGACGUUAGACUACCCUCCGGUGAAAUCGUUCUGGACGGUACCGACUUCAGGAAUGGUGCUCACUUCCGUUUCAAGGCAGACCUUUUUGUGCCUUGCGGUGGACGUCCUGAAGCUGUGAACGUUUCUAAUGUUGCUGCUUUGACGGAUACAGAAGGCAAACCCCACUUCAAGUACAUUGUUGAGGGUGCAAAUUUGUUCUUCACGCAGCAGGCAAGGUUACACUUGGAGAAACGCAAGGUUGUCUUGUUCAAGGACUCUAGUGCGAACAAGGGCGGUGUGACCAGCUCCUCGCUUGAAGUGCUCGCCGGUCUUGCCCUCACGACUCAGGAAUACCUAGACCUCAUGAUCUUCAAGGACGCCAAGCCUUCAGAUUUCUAUCAAAAAUACGUCAAAGAGAUUCAAGAAAAGAUUUCGGAGAAUGCCGCAGCGGAGUUCCACUGUAUUUGGCGCGAGCACGCCCGCCUCCAAGGCGCUAAGCCCCGAACGCAGAUCUCGGACGAGUUGUCCAUCAGGCUCAAUAACUUGCAGGCAGAGCUUGAACUCUCUGACCUGUUUAAUGAUGUACCUAGUCGCAGGGGUGUCAUGAGACGCGCUAUACCCAUUACCCUAGUCGAUCAAGUCGGUCUCGACGCCCUGCUGGAGAGGCUUCCCGAAACAUACCAACGUGCUCUAUUCUCGAGCUGGGUUGCUUCGCAUUACAUCUACAAAUACGGCGUUAACAGCUCUAGUGUAGACUUUUUCCACUUCGCUCGGGAUCUCGCGCGGUAA